AUGCCCUUCAUGAGCACUUUAGAAUCUGAGUUAGAUAUUAUACUGGAUGACGGAGAAAUAGAGGAAAUUGGCAAAACAUUUGUGCAGGGAAGGUGUGCUCCACCCAAGGCUCCGCGCUCUUCCCUCGAGUACGAGGAUAUUUUUGCAUGCGAGCUUAAAAAUGAGUUUAUGGAUCUUCCGACAACCUUUGAGGAAAUAUUUAAUAGAGAGGUUUGUAACAGCUCCAUCACAAAUGGAAAAGUAUCCCCGAGAUUUGUACAGUCUGCGAAAAGAUCGAAGGGUAAGGACAAGUUUUCCCUUCUAAAGUGUAAAGCAAUUUUAUCUGAUAAAAAAAGAAGAUCUUCUGUGUUUCAGGAGGUGGCCCGGAACACAUCCAGAUCCACAAAGAAAUCCGCCGAACUGCGCCGAAGUAACACAGAUUCAGAUAUAAUACAGCACUGGAGCAGGCCCAAAAUCAUCAGCAAGUCUGAAACACACAGUGGCACAAGCUCCUCGCCCUGCAAAAGCACCAAAAUAAACGCAUGCACAUAUGCAUUGCCUGCAAUGGGCACAGGCCCAUCCGACAGCAUUCUCCGGGUUUCAGCAGAAACUGUUGCUUCUCUAAUAAACACUGCAGGGGUUAUUCUCAUCGACUGCCGGUUUGAGUACGAGUAUACUGGAGGGCACAUAAAAACCGCUGUUAACAUAACAACCCAGAAUGAAAUGAAGAAGUUCUUCAACGGAAUGGUGGCAAGCAGAAAAGACUCAUCGCUAAUCAUCAUUCUGUACUGCGAAUACUCUUCCGUGCGCGCGCCCCGUCUGGCAAUUUCUCUCAGAAACGAGGACAGGCUUACAAGCACAUAUCCGCACCUGCGGUUUCCUAACGUGUAUGUCAUGAGCGGUGGAUACCGAGAUUUCUACAGGUCGUACUCUGAGCACUGCGUGCCAUGCAGUUAUAUUCCUAUGUAA